AUGGCGCCUCCAUUCCGCCAUCGUGGGAGCGUCUCUAAAGAACGCUUCUCGACGUUUGCUAGUACACUUCGAACACAGGCAUAUCAUGAUCCUGUAGCACGUGGAGCCAGUUCUCACGGCUUAAGGUCAAUCGCCUGGAACCCUCUCGGUACUCUAAUAGCAGCUGGCGCAGCAGACAAAACACUUCGAGUAUGGAACCCGGACCGGGCAAAUGUACGAUGGUCGACAGAAUUGAAGGGCCAUGCUGCCGGGAUAGAGAAGGUGGCUUUCAACCCCGUGAAGGACGCAGAACUUUGCAGCGUUUCUAUCGAUGGUGUCGUUAAGUUUUGGGAUGUGAGGACAAAAGCAGUGAUCAAUGAGAUUAAAGGUCUCGGUGAGGCAUUUACUCUGGCUUGGGCUCCAGAUGGCGAGAGUCUUGUAGUUGGUAAUAAAGCGGACAAUAUUUAUGUUCUCUCACCAACACAAUCGACGCCACUUGCUUCGCACCAGCAAUUUGUCCAAACCAAUCAGAUAUGUUUCUGUCAUAGCGGCAACAAGAUAUUUGUAACAACAGGAGAAGGCCGAACCAAGAUACUAUCAUAUCCAGAUUUCGAGCCAAUUCUCUACACCAGCGACGCCCAUACCACACCAUUUACUCUCAACGGCCACACCUCGUCAUGCUACUCCGUAGACAUACAACCAACAGCGAGGUUCCUCGCUACCGGUGGAUCGGAUUCAAUCAUAGCCCUAUGGGAUACAACAGAUUGGCAUUGCCAGCGAACUCUGAUAGAUAUGGUUGGCCCUGUGCGAAGUAUAAGCUUCAGUUUUGAUGGUAGUUAUAUUGUUGGUGGUAGCGAUGAAGGUCGAGGCUUGGAAAUCGCGCACACCGAAACUGGAGACUAUGUGCAUUCUAUCAAGACUGGGUCGCCAACUCCCAUGGUUGCUUGGCACCCUAGUCGGUAUUGUCUAGCGUAUGCAGACACGGACAGCUUGAAGAUCAUUGGAGUUGAUCCGGAAAAAAAAUGA